GAAAGAAUUGACAACUGUCCGUGUCAGUGGUGUUCCGUAAUUUAACCUAUAAUGAUAUAUGUUUGUUUUGAAUUUAAAAAUUAUUGGGCCAUUUAAUUAAAAUAUCAAAUUGAAAGUAUGUUUCAAAAGAGUAUAACGUCAUUCUUCAACAGAGUACCCCCAAAAGAUAAGCCAACAGAAGAAGGAGGGUCUAAAAAACUAGAUGGGAAUACAAAUGCUAGUACUUUGAUAGAAUCUAUUGAUGUGGAUACUAGAAAGAAUGUGCAGAAAGAUGGAAAAUGUAAAGAUAAAACACUACUGAAAGAUGAAAAACGCAAAUCAUCUGAAAAUGAAAUGCCAGCAAAAAAAACCUCACCAAUGAAAAAAGAAAAUGAAAAAGAUGCCACUUCUGACACUUCUGAGAAAAAAAUCAAUAAUAUAUUCUUUGAAAAACAAACUUCAGAAGACAACAAAAAAUCGGACACCGGCGGUUACACUCCAAACUCUUCUAAAUAUCACCCAAUAAAAGACGCUGUAUGGAAAUAUAAAGAAAAAGUACCUUACAUUGCUCUAGCUAGGACGUUUGAAGAAAUAGAGAACAUAUCCGCAAGGCUCAAGAUCAUCGAAAUUUUAAGUAACUAUUUCAGAUCUGUAAUUGUUUUAACACCAGAGGACCUACUGCCUAGCGUGUAUUUAUGUUUGAAUAAACUGGCCCCUGCAUAUGAAGGUUUGGAAUUGGGAAUUGCUGAAACUAGUCUCAUGAAAGCCAUUGCACAAUCAACUGGAAGAAGCAUGGCUCAAAUAAAAGCAGACUCGCAAGAAGUUGGUGACUUAGGUCUAGUAGCCGAAAAAUCGAAGUCGAAUCAAAGGAUGCUUAUCAAACCGGCAAGGUUAACCGUUCGAGGGGUGUUUGAAAAACUGAAAGAUAUCGCAAAGAUGACAGGACAUGCAUCUCAGACCAAAAAAGUUGAGAAAAUUCAAGCCAUGUUUGUGGCGUGUCAAGGAUCUGAAGCAAGGUUCCUGAUUCGAUCUCUGGCUGGUAAACUGAGAAUCGGCCUUGCAGAACAAUCUGUAUUACAAGCUUUGGCGUUGGCUUGUGCAAUGACUCCUUCAAAUCAGCAGUAUCCACCUGAGGAGCUGAAUAUGUCUAAAAGUAUGUCUGCUGACUCGUUUAAAGCAGAAUACGACAGAUUCAGUAUUCUCCUUAAAACAGCCUAUUGCGAGUGUCCAAACUACGACAAAAUUAUUCCAAUAAUUUUGGAGAAGGGUAUAGAAAAGUUACCUGAACAUUGCAAAUUAACACCCGGAAUUCCUUUGAAGCCAAUGUUAGCGCAUCCAACGAAGGGAGUACAGGAGGUACUCCGAAGGUUCGAAGGUUUGAAAUUCACUUGUGAAUGGAAAUAUGAUGGUGAAAGAGCUCAGAUUCACAUUGACAAUGAAAAUGUACAUAUAUUCAGUAGAAAUCAAGAAAAUAAUACUUCAAAAUACCCAGAUAUUAUUUCACGAUUGGAGGGUUGCAAGGUUGAAGAUGUCAAAUCCUGUAUCCUCGAUUGUGAAGCUGUUGCUUGGGAUAAGGAAAAGAAACAAAUUUUACCAUUUCAAAUUCUCAGCACCAGAAAGAGAAAGGAUGCCAAUGAAGCUGAUAUCAAAGUACAAGUAUGUGUUUUCAUGUUUGAUCUGUUGUACUUGAAUGACAGAAUGAAAUUGGUUGAAUUAUUAUUUCAGGCUGAUCCAGAGAAAGGUAUCUCAUUACGAUUUCCGAGAUUCAUAAGAAUACGAGAGGACAAGACUGUAGAAGAAGCGACAUCAUCACAACAAAUUGCCUAUAUGUAUUCAAAUCAAGAACAGGUCAAAAAUCAGCAACAAAAUGUUAAGUUUGAUGAAGAUUUUUAUUGAUUUGCAUACUGUUAGCUUGUAAGUUGAAUAACUUCAUUUUUUUUUAAUAAACAUUUUUCUAUGGGCGCCAAAAAUUUCCUUAUAGAGCCAAGAAUAAAAAUUAAAUUUUACAUUUAGUUUUUACUACUUCAGUCUCUUAAUAUUCCUACCUAAAAAUUAUACUUAUUCAAUAAAUUCACUAUUUCAUGCUACUUUUUGAAAUACCUAUUGUACAGGAUC